GUGGCUCUCACUUGUCUGAUUGGAAAAACGUUUGCCUCUUCCAUUCUUCUCCGUCCACCGCACAGGCGCACACCACCGCCGCCGCCUCUGCCCUGUCGGCCGCCUCCUCGCCCACCGACCCCGCCGGCUGCCCACCACUCUCGGCCCCCUGCGCCACCGCCGUCCUCCGCCUCCCCGCACUCGCGGGCCCCCUCGCCCGCGCCGCCAUCACCCUUCGCCUCCCCUGAGCUCGCGGGCCCCCUCGCCCGCACCGCCGUCGCCCUCCGCCUCCCCUGAGCUCGCAGGCCCCAUUGCUCGCGCCGCCAUCGACUCCGCCCCCAGCUCCCUGCGCUUGCGGUGGCCUCGCCCACGCCGCCGCCGUCUCUCUACGCCCGCUGGCUGCGUCACCGUGGCCUCCAUCCUCUCCUCCCUCCUCCCACCGGCGCCCACAGCCCCACCGCAGCCGCCUCUGCCUCCGCCUCCCACCUUCCAAUCCUGCAGGCCCAGGCAGCUGCGACCUCCACCUCCACCGCGGGGCCCCCGAGGGCAAGGGUAGGAAACGACGGGGAGGAGCCACGGGGAGCCGGUUUUUUGGGCUUCUCCUCCGUCGAAUGGCUCUAGAGAGCGCGUUCUGAGGAGCUUCCGUCCCGAAGCCAUUUUGGUGGUCACCGUUUGGCAGGGCUUCUACAGAAGCCGCUCGCGGAGCCGCGGCAAAAGCCCUGCCAAAGGGGGCCAUAAUUCAGACACCCAGCUUUAAGGUUCCCUGUUGAUUGUCUACAUAAUUUCCAUAAAAAGGCACUAUCCCUUGCUAAUUGGAUGCUGUAUACAGAUCAAGUACGUUGGAUUUUGCUAUGGCAGCUGAGGAAGAUGUCAAGCAGAGGCAGAUCAUUGAAAAUCGUGCGAGAAAUAUAAGCCACAAUGUCCGGUGCACUGAGUGUGGUAGCCAAUCAAUUGAAGAUUCACAGGCUGAUGUUGCUAUUCUGCUUAGAAAGCUCAUUCGUGAUGAAAUAAAAGCGGGAAAGAGUGAUAAAGAGAUCUACAAGAAACUAGAGGACGAGUAUGGAGAGACGGUCCUGUAUGCCCCUAAAUUUGAUCUUCAGACUGCUGGGAUAUGGCUUUCACCUAUAAUUGUGGGAGGUAUAGCAGCUGGCAUCUGGGCUUACCAAAAGCACAGGCAAAGGACAAAUGUUCACAUUAUGGCUCUGAACCUGGUCCGAGGGGUUCCGCUGACUCCAAGGGAGAAGGAGACCAUGCUAGACAUCCUUACACCUCCACCGCCUCCAAGAAAGUGGUGGUGGCCAGGCAAAUGAAGUAGUGUUCAUGCACCUAUCCUGCAUUUUGAAGUACUCGUUUUCCCAUGGUAGCAGCAUAGAAAUGAUCAGGAUGCAGAUUUUAGCUUGGAGUGUGAAUGCAUAUAUGCGACCUUUGAUCACGAAUUUCAGUUUAGCCAAACAUUUGCAAUGUGUACUCUGUACUCCAUGGAUCUAGCAGGAUUUGCUGCGUUACUGAAGCCACGCAUUUUUAGAAGAUAGGGAGAAGAUGACAGCAGUCGGCUGUUGUCUGUACUUGCUGCUGCCUGCUGCUUUUGUGAGCAGGAUCUGAAGCCUGUUGAUGAGUUAACAAGAUUAUCACUCAUUCCACUAUAUAGCCAAAACAGCAAGAUUACCA